AUGUCAAAGCCAGGGCGUAAACCCGCCCACGGGGGCACGGCAACUCGGCAACGGGGUUUACAUCUCACUACGACAGGUGUCAGCACCAAGACGGCACCCGAACUGUCUGUACCUGCCCCUGCCCAAGAACCCACUCCAGGUCUGUCAAAGCUUCGCGAAACGCUAAGACGAAGGCCCUGCAAAACCAAGUUCUGGCUGCAAGGCCGCAAGCGUGCAGGAUCCGGUGCUACAGAACCCGUCAGCAACUCUAAGAAGAGCAAGUCGGCAGGUAGUAAUGGCCACGGGCGGUCUGCUCAAGAGAGUGAAAAACAACGCCGCACCCAAUUCCGCGCCGCGGUGAUCAACGAAGCUGAGUCUGCGUCGGACGAUGACAGAUCAAGCACCCGCACACCGCUAGCAGGUGAUCAUCGAGCUCCGCGCGACGCCCCUAAACUCACCACUGGCAAGUCCAAACGCCCUUCGACUGCCGUACAGGUGGGCUCGAGCGACGAGGCAGAGAGUGCCAGUGGUAAUGAAACAGCCUCAAAUGUUGAUGAAAUCGAUGAAAACGAGGAGGACGAUGAAUGGCUCGAUGGUCUGGAGCCACGUCGCCUCGAAGAGGAGCUGAGUAAAGAGGCUACCUCGUGGGCGCAGGUGGACCUUGAAAAUUUCAACGUGCCAGCGCAAGACCCGUCCGAGACAGCAGCUCACAGUUUCCCGGGUGCAGAUGAGCUCUUCGACGACGACGACGAUAUCUUACCGAUAACACCACCGAGGCGAUCGAAGGCCAGUAAGCCAGCCGCAAAGGGUAAGCGUCAGCUUGCUCACGACGCUGAGGUGCCACACUUCGCUACCGGCCUCCCAGUGACACCGGCAAGGAAGUCGUCAGGGAGGAGCGGUGGUCACGGAGGUCCCGCUGUGACCUUUGCUGUAUCCCCGUCUUCCCUCAGGUUUGCGGGUGACAAUGAAGAUGAGGACCAUCAUGAAGAGUCUUCUGAUGAAGAUGAGGCGGGUAUUCUGACUCCCGGAGUGGCUCUGCAGGGCCCGACCCCCACCGAUCUUAUAUUCAAUGAAAGGGGCCGUGUUAACCUUAGCGAUCAGUCCGACGAUGUGAAGGCUGUCACUCGUGAAGCUAUCAAAGGAGUAGCUAAGUACCUUGCAUUCACUGAUGCGUUCCCCGAGAUUGGCGGGCGGAUAGUGCUGUCUCGAGAUUGCCUUGUGACAGCUGCGCGAGGCAACCCAAGGUACCAGCCCAUUCUAUUGCGCCUUGUCAAUGAGGAAGGGUAUGCUCGAUCACUGAGCAGGAUUCCUGAUGGUCGGAUUAGUACUUCGCGCCGCAAUGCUUAUAACGUCGGCUGCAAUCAUGUUGUCGGGAGCUAUGGCCUCACCCCCGGUUCGGCGUGUGAGAAGCUCGUAGUGGGGCUGCUCAAAUCCCAGAAAUACAUCUUUCCUGGUGAUGGGCUGGAUAGACUUCGCAAAACUGAACCAUACAAGAACCCUGCCAUACUCGCCAUCCUGUCCGCACUCUACUUCUCUGGGUCCGGCGCGCUUGGGAUGAAACACCCCGACCUGUUCACGUCUACGUCGCUCACAGAUCCCGCACCCGAGAUCCCCAUAUCUAUGGUUGCCCUUGUCGCCACCACAAUCCAUAACGCGCUGAUGGAGUGGCAGUCGGGCAAGCGUCAGGCACGGGAGUUCUCGGCACUCAACUGCGGUGACGUUUACAGGACUCAUGUCGAGAUUCUUGAAAAGAUCAAGGUGAAGGCCCCCGGCUUCUUCCAUCAGAUGAUGGUGGAUAUAUAUCGUCGUGCACGUGCCGCAGCUGUCGCCGAGGUACGCGUUGACUCCGAGGACAGCGCCUUCACGUUCAUGGAUCUAUCGGGGUACUCAUAGUCUUCCAUUGCUAUCUGUGCUCCUUAUACCCCUGCAUUUCUUUCAUCAGCAUGGUGGUGUAUGCCUCCAUGAUACCAUUGUGUGUUGUCUUCAUCAUCAGUUGACUUGCUCUGUUGCCGAUGCCUACCUCUCCCUCCUUCGGUGUGUUUCAUAUACUAUAGCAAACUUCAUGGACAAUGCUGGCAGUUAUUUGUUGCCUCCCCGUCGUAUCUUCAUACAUCAGGAAAACCCUCCCGAGCUAAUUAGACAUAAUUUACACACAAUUAUGUAUGAUGCCAAAAAUCCAUCUAAAGGUCGUAUAAUCCA